CGUAGACUUAUUACCCAAAUGUGAUACGGCCAAAACCGCCCACAUUUGGUCUUCCUUGUAUUCUCACGAACUUUUGUUGAGAAAGAUAAAAGAGGAAGAAAUGCGUGAAAAUCCCAAACUUACAAACGCCUUCAAAGCUUCCAAAGAAUCAUCAAGUGAAGAGUCAAGUGAAUCAAGUGAUGAUUCAAGUGACUCAAGCUCUACGGAAGAGUCAAAUGAUGAAGAAGAUGAAGAGAAGGCAAUGAGAAUGAAGUAUACGGAUUUCCUCAAAUGGAAGAAGUGUGUGAAGAGGAAAGAAGUAUACUCAAAGCCGAAAAAAGAACGGCAUAAGCCAAGAUUUUAUGGGGCUGAGAAAGUUGGUGGCUUGCAGUUGGACUGGGCUUUGAUCACUGCUCUAGUGGAGAGAUGGAGACCCGAGACCCAUUCAUUCCAUCUUCCCUUCGGAGAGGUUGGAAUUACUUUGCAGGAUGUAGAGCUUUUGCUUGGAUUGCCCGUAGAUGGCAAUCCAUUGGUGGGGAUGACUGGCCGAUCCAAAGAUCAGUGGUUUCAGAUUUGUGAGGACAUGAUUGGAUUUAGGCCUCAGACAUCCGAUAUUACUUCUACUAUGAUUAAGAUGUCUGCCAUUGUUCCUAAACAACUAACUGAUCAUAGUUUAGAUGUAGAUUACUUGCAGCAUGCUAGAGCGAUUAUGUUUAAGUUGUUGGGUGGUAGCCUAUUUCCCAACACGACGGGAAAUAAGUUUGUUUGGAUGUCGUAUCCGAAUCUCGAGACCCUACCGCCCUAUUGUUCAGCUGGAGCCAGAAUAUGGAUUUCUACAAUCCCCUUGAUCUAUGCGUACGUAGUGGAGAUGUACUAUCCUGAUCGCUUUUGCAGGCAGUUUGGUUCCCUGCAACACGUCCCUCAAGUUGUUGUCUAUGACCGUCAUCUACACCAAAUUAAGUCAAAUGUUAUGCAAAUUGGCGAUGGUGAGAGACAAUAUUCAGAGAUGUGGGAGGGACGUUAUGAUGCUACAGUGCAGAUGGAGUUUGGGAUGGUGGAUGGCACACCGGAGUAUCGUCAGUGGUACUACCUUCGGGGUCGACGACGGAUAGGGACCCCUGUCCAUCAGCACGGACCAGGGUACAUCCCCAUUUCUCCGGAGCUACAGACUGCAUUAUACUGUAUGGCGGAUUGCAGUCAGCGCCUUGAUCCUGGUAGGCAUCCAGAUGGGAUCAGCAUGCCUACAACCCAGGACAUAUCAGGAGACGAGCAGAUAAAAAGGCGUGAUGCACCUGCUGUCGGAGUUAGACGUGGAGGGCGGGGUAGUCGGAGGUUGCAGGUCGAUGAUGAAGAUGUACACAUCCCCAUUCAAUCUCCUCCUAUGACCCAGGAUGAUGAUGAUGUUAGUGAUGAAGAACAUAUUCAGAGCGACACUCACACACCUUCAUGCAUGGGUGAGCCGUCCAGUUCACAUCCUCCUCGAUUCCACAUAGAGCAUCCUCCGAGGCGCAUGCACGAUGUAUCACCAGUCACGUUUGAUGGAGAUGUGUUUAGGGGCGAUUUUUUUACUCAGGAUAGUCAGAUCACAAAUGAGUUUGGACAAUUUGUCUCCACUACUACAUCGCCGGUAAUCCAUCAGAUAGUGGAUGACGUAGAAGUGGAGGGUGAAGGAGAGCAGGGUCUUCGUCCAAGACGUAAUCGACGUGGAACACAAUGUGGUACUGGUAGCCACUAUCUUUAGUAGUUUUCUUAUGUUUAAUAUAUUGUGCUGGGUACUUAAUGUUUCGAUGUUUUAAAAAGUUUGUUCAGAUAUUUGUUUAUGUUGAAAUAUUUGGUUUGAUAAUUUAUUUUUUUACGAUGUGUUAUGUUGAAAUAAUACUCACUCCCACCUACCCUACAAUAAUAGUCACACCCACCUUCUUAAUAAUAACACUAACUUCCACCU